AUGCCUGUGAAAGAUGGGCUGCAUUAUCGUCUAAUUUUGCUGCAGCUUAAGUGGAGAUGCCAUGUCGUCAUCAAGCUCAACGGCCAGCGGACUGAGCGAUGCAAGUGUACGCUUCCGAUCGAGUUUCGCAAGAAGUUCUUUAAGAAGAAGGAGAUUAGCGCCGAUCUUCCAAUCUCAAUCCCGAAGCUGAAGAUCAAGCUCCCCACUCAAGCUGCUACGAAAUCAGACUUGCCGCGAUACAAAGUCUGGCCCAAGGUGCAUGGAGUUCCAUUCCCGGGUCGAAGCAACCCUGUCAGCAUUGUUAUCAAGCUUGCUAUCCCCGGCGCAUGGGAAGACAGCUCUGAAACGAUCAAGCAAACACCUCGCUCCAGCGAUGAGUACAACCCGGACGCAGACGUGGCAGAGCAAGAGGAUGAGCUUUCGGACGAGAUCUCUGAUGGCAACGACAGCGUCUCGAGAUCUUCAAAACAAUCAAGCAGGCGUAGUCGCGAACACGACAUGCUAGCGCUGCCCAUGAUGAAAGAGAAGAGCGAAAGGAAGGAAGCAGAUCCGAUGACCCUCGCAAGACGAGCUGGUGCUGCCCUCAGGAACUUGUUGAGAGUGUGUGAUCUCUCGCACAGAACAUCUGCGAAGACGAAAGGAGCAAUCGAACAAGUCAGGGAGAAAGAUGAGAAGACAGCAUCGACGAUAGAGAGAAUCCUGAAUGCGGAGGGACAGUCUACCAGGAAACGAGAACGCGAAAAGAAGAAGGAUCAGGAGCCGUCUACAGUGGCGAGGAAGGAGCGGAAGUGUGGGUCCAUUGGGCCGCACAUAAGGUGCAUCUCAAACGCGGAGGGCAUGACAGUCUCGGUGUCCAAGGACUGCGUCGCGCAGGAUGCUCCUCUUCUCUUCCCUGUGCCGCAAGAGAGGCAGAAAGGCCUCUACACUGAGCCACCUGCCCUCGUUGAGGUUCCAUGGUGGGCCCUUGAGCCUUGA